AAAAGUUGUUUGUGCUGGUAUAUGAAGCGGUAUGUUGUGAUUUUAAAUAGAAAUGUAAAAAACUGUCUUAUAGCGGAUGCCUCAAAGAAAAAUGAGACCAACCCUCUUACAGAGAUUCUCAAAUGUCCUACAAAAGUGGUGUUGCUGCGGAACAUGGUUGGAAGGGGAGAAGUGGACGAAGACCUGGAAGCUGAGACUAAAGAAGAGUGUGAGAAAUAUGGCAAAGUCAUCAAGUGUGUCAUCUUUGAGAUCGCCGGUGUUUGUGACGAGGAUGCCGUCCGCAUUUUCCUGGAGUUCGAACGAGUCGAAUCAGCCAUUAAAGGUGAGUGGUUUGAGGACAAACUUAAAGUGUGUGUGCAGGUGGUCUUUAUUUCAAGUGUCCCAGAUCUUACUUAA